AUUUAAAAACCAAGGGGGACACUGGAUCACCUAGAGUUUCACAAGCAGGUACCUUUUGCUGUAGGAGAGAGAGAAUUAAAGUUCUGAAGACCUAUUGCUUUUCACCAGGAAGUUUUACUGGGCAUCUCCUGAGCCUAGGCAAUAGUUGUAGGGUGACUUCUGGAGCCAUCGCCGUUUCCCCGCCCCACCAAAGAAGCGGAGACUUAACGGGGACGUGCAGUCAGAGCUGGGGAAAUGGGCCCGCGAGCCAGGCCGGCGCUUCUCCUCCUGAUGCUUUUGCAGACCGCGGUCCUGCAGGGGCGCUUGCUGCUCAUCUCCAAACAGGAAGUUCUUCCCUGCAUGCUUGCCGAGAAGGCUGAGCUAACCCACAGCAGGAUCCUCACGGGGUUUCCACCGCGGAACGAAUGCGCUGGAUGGUGGGGGCGCGGAAGAGUGGGGUUGGGGAUCUGAAUUCUUCACCAUUCCACCCACUUUUGGUUCACACUCUCUGCACUACCUCUUCAUGGGUUCCUCAGAGCAGGACCUUGGUCUUUCCCUGUUUGAAGCUUUGGGCUAUGUGGACGACCAGCUGUUCGUGUUCUAUGAUCAUGAGAGUCGCCGUGUGGAGCCCCGAACUCCAUGGGUUUCCGGUAGAACUUCAAGCCAGAUGUGGCUGCAGCUGAGUCAGAGUCUGAAAGGGUGGGAUCACAUGUUCACUGUUGACUUCUGGACUAUUAUGGAAAAUCACAACCACAGCAAGGAGUCCCACACCCUGCAGGUCAUCCUGGGCUGCAAAAUGCAAGAGGACAACAGUACCGAGGGCUUCUGGAAGUACGGGUACGAUGGGCAGGACCACCUUGAAUUCUGCCCUGACACGCUGGAUUGGAAAGCAGCAGAACCCAGGGCCUGGCCCACCAAGCUGGAGUGGGAAAGGCACAAGAUUCGGGCCAGGCAGAACAGAGCCUACCUCGAGAGGGACUGCCCUGUGCAGCUGCAACAGUUGCUGGAGCUGGGGAGAGGUGUUUUCGACCGGCCAGUGCCUCCUUUGGUGAAGGUGACACAUCAUGUAACCUCUUCAGUGACCACUCUACGAUGUCGGGCCCUGAACUACUACCCUCAGAACAUCACCAUGAAGUGGCUGAAGGAUAGGCAGCCAAUGGAUGCCAAGGAGGUCGAACGUAAAGACGUAUUGCCCAAUGGGGAUGGGACCUACCAGGGCUGGAUAACCUUGACUGUACCCCCAGGGGAAGAACAGAGAUAUACUUGCCAGGUGGAGCACCCAGGCCUGGAUCAGCCCCUCCUUGCUUUCUGGGAGCCCUCACCAUCUAGAACUCUAGUCAUUGGAGUCAUCAGUGGAAUUGCUGUUUUUGUCAUCAUCUUGUUCAUUGGAAUUUUGUUCAUAAUAUUAAGGAAGAGGCAGACUUCAAGAGGAGUCAUGGGGCACUACGUCUUAGCUGAACGUGAGUGACACGCAGCCUGCAGACUCAUCGUGGGAAGGACACAACACUAGAGAUUCAAAAAGGGAGUGUACUUAUGGAGCUCUUCAUGUUUCAGGACAGAGUUGAACCUAAACAUGAAGAACUCCUUGCUUUUAGCUUUCUCUGUUCAUUUCCUCAAAAAUAUUUCCCCAUUUAGGUUUCUGAUUCCUGCAUGCCAGUGAUCCCCAGCUGUGACCUCUCCCCUGGAACUGCCUCUCAUGAACCUCAAGCUGCAUCUGCUUCCUUCAUUUCCUCCAUCACCUCAGACACAUACACCUAUGUCUUCAUUUCCUAUUUUUGGAAGAGGACUCCUUAAAUUUGGGGGACUUACAUGAUUCAUUUUAACAUGUCAGAAAAGCUUUGAAUCCUGGGACAUGGCUAGUCAUAACCUUACCAGAAUUUUACAUAUGUAUCUAGGCAUUUUCUGGACCUGUUCUACUUUUCCUUUGAAUCAUCCCUCUGUGUUACCCAGUAACUCAUCUGUCACCAAGCCAUGGGGAUUCUUUCAUCUGAUUGUUAUGUGAGUUGUAGGCUGUACACUGCACGAAUGGAAGAGGCACCUUUCCCAGAAAAAGCAUCAUGGCUGUCUGUGGGUAUUAUGAUGGGUGUUUUUAGCAGGUAGGAGGCAAAUAUCUUGAAAGGGGUUGCAAAGAGGUGUCUUUUUCUAAUUGGCAUGAAGGUGUCAUACAGGUUUGCAAAGUUUAAUGGUGCCUUCAUUUGGAAUGCUACUCUCAUAUUGCAGACCUGAAGUAUAACAAUAAUUUUCUCCCUGAUCUCUCCUUGUUCUGAUAAUGAAAAUUAUAAGGAUGAUGAUAAUGAUGAUAAAAGCACUUACUUUGUGUCCCACUCUUCUGAGCACCUACUUACAUGCAUUAUUGCAUGCAAUUCUUACAAUAAUUCUAUGAGAUAGGCACUAUUAUCUCAAUUUCUUUUUUAGAUGAAGAAAGUGAAGUAGGCCAGGCACGGUGGCUCACGUCUGUAAUCCCAGCACUUUGGGAGGCUGAGGAGGGUGGUUCACGAGGUCAGGAGAUCCAGACCAUCCUGGCUAACACGAGGAAACCCUGUCUCUACUAAAAAUACAAAAAAAUUAGCUGGGCGUGGUAGCAGGCACCUGUAGUCCCAGCUACUGGGGAGGCUGAGGCAGGAGAAUGGCGUGAACCCGGGAGGCGGAGCUUGCAGUGAGCGGAGAUCUCGCCACUGCACUCCAGCCUGAGUGAUAGAGUGAGACUGUGUCUCAAAAACAAAAGGAAAGAAAAACGAAAAUAUAGAGUAUCACACAGCUUGCCAGUGAUAGAAACAGGUUUCAAACUCAGUCAAUCUGACCGUAUGAUACAUCUCACACACCACUACAUUCAGGUAGUUUAGAUGCCUAGAGUAAAUAGAGACGGAAGGAGAUGGCUCUUCUAUUGUCUCAUUGUAUUUCUUCUGAGUGAGCUUGAAUCACAUAAAGGGAAACAGCAGAAAACAACCAGCUGAUCCUCAGCUGUCAUGUUUCCUUUAAAAGUCCCCAAGGAAGGUCCUGGAAUGUGACUCCCUUGCUUCUCUGUUACUCUCUUUGGCAUUCAUUUCUUUGGCCCCUACGCAAGGACUGUAAUUGGUGGGGACAGCUAGUGGCCCUGCUGGGCUUCACACACACUGUCCUCCCUAGGCCAGUGCCUCUGGAGUCAGAACUCUGGUGGUAUUUCCCUCGAUGAACUGGAGUAAACUCUUUCAUUUUGAGAUGAUAAAUGGAAGCCACCAAGUGGCUUAGAGGAUGCCCAGGCCCUGUCAUGGGGCCACUGGGGUUCCGGUGCACAUUAAAAAAAAAAAAAAAAAAAAAAAAUCUAAGCAGGGCACUCAAGAAUUGCUAGAUUCUGGGAAAUCAGUUCACCAUGUUCAAAAGAGUCUUUUUUUUUUUUUUUUGAGACUCUAUUGCGCAGACUGGAGUGCAACAGCGUGAUCUCAGCUCACUGUAACCUCUGCCUCCCAGGUUUAAGAGAUUCUCCUGCCUCAGCCUCACGAGUAGCUGGGAUUACAGGCAUGUACCACCAUGCCCGGCUAAUUUUUGCAUUUUUAGUAGAGACGAGGUUUCACCAUGUUGGCCAGGCUGGUCUCGAACUCCUGAUCUCGUGAUCCGCCCGCCUCGGCCGCCGAAAGUGCUGGGAUUACAUGCAUGAAUCACCCUGCCCGACCAUCAGAAGAGUCUUAAUAUAUAUAUCCAGAUGACAUGUGUUUACUUUAUGUUGCUACAUGCAUUUGGCUGCAUAAAUGUGGUACAAGCAUUCUGUCUUGAAGGGCAGAUGCUUCAGGAUACCAUGUACAGCUCAGAAGUUUCUUUUGUAGGCAUUAAAUUUUAGCAAAGAUAUCUCAUCUCUUCUUUUAAACAAUUUUCUUUUUUGCUGGUUAGAAAAGUUAUGUAGAAAAAAGGAAAUGUCAUUUAUGCUCAUUGUAGAAAAGCUAAAAAAUGAAUACAAUUAAAGCUGUUAUUUAAUUAGCCAGUGAUAAACUAUUAAAAACUUGUCUAUUACCUGUUAGUAUUAUUGUUGCAUUAAAAAUGCAUAUACUUUAAUAAAUGUACAUUGUAUUGCAUACUGCAUGAUUUUAUUGAUGUUCUUGUUCAUCUUGUGUAUAUACUUAAUUGCUUUGUCAUUUUGAGAUAUUUAUUUUGCUUCUAAUUUCUUUACAUUUUGUCUUAUGGAAUAUUUUCAUUCAACUGUGUUAGCCGAAUUGUUUUUCUUCACACUAGGGACAUUGUCGUCUAAGUUGUAAGACAUUGGUUAUUUUACCAACAAACCAUUCUGGAAGUGUAUGACAAAUUCUUUCUCUCUUAAUAUGGUACCAUACUGAAAGCAGAGUGCUAUAAGGCUUCACUUACUCUUCUACCUCAUAAAGAAUAUGUUACAAUUAAUUAAUUAGGUAAGCAUUUGUUUUAUAUUGGUUUUAUUUCACCUGGGCUGAGAUUACAAGAAACACCCCAGUCUUCAUAGUAACACAUUUCGGUAACAUAUUUACUAAACAUCAGCAACUGUGGCCUGUUAAUUUUUUUAAUAGAAAUUUUAAGUCCUCAUUUUCUUUCAGUGUUUUUUAAGCUUAAUUUUUCUGGCUUUAUUAAUAAAUUAUUAAGGUCAACUACAUUUGAAAAAUCAAAGACCUCAUUUUAAAUUCUUUCUUACUCACCUCUGGCAAAACCACUCACAGACCAUGGGGGUAAAGAGAAGUGUGACACCUGGUGGCCACAAGUAAACAUACCACGGUGGUCCGGUGACCAGAGGUGCAGAGCUGAGGGUUUUCCUGAGAGUAAAGGAAUAAACAGUGGGUGGAGGGAUGUGCACUAGAAAUCACUUGUAGAGAAAAGCCCCUGACAAUUUCAGAAAACAAAUAAGAAACUACUUACCAGCUAUUUGAAUUGCUGGAAUCACAGGCCGUUGCUGAGCUGCCUGAACUGGGAACACAACAGAAGGAAAACAAACCACUCUGAUAAGAAUUCAGUCAAGUACAGCAGAUGAUUGAGGACUGCUGAGAGGUACAGGCCAAAAUUCUUAUGUUGUAUUAUAAUAAUGUCAUCUUAUAGUACUAUCAGUAUUGUAUAAAACAUUAUUCAUAAACUCACACACAUUUAAAAACAAAACACUGUCUCUAAAAUCCCCAAAUUUCUCAUAAGCUAUCAGUUUUAAACGAACAUUUUUCAAACCACAAUCUGAUUUAACCAUGACCAUCACUUAAAUAUUACUGACUUUCAAAUUAAAGAUUUUCACAUACAGGCUGAUAUUUUUAAUUGCGAUUCUCUCUGUAGGCUUUGGGUAUAAUGUGUUCUUUUCCUUUUUUGCAUCGGUGAUCUACACUGUAACACGUAGAAUGUUAAUACAAUAUUAAAGUAUUUUGUAUGACAAUUUUAUUUGAAAGCCUAGGAUGCCUUGACAUCCUGCAUACAUUUAUUACUUGAUAUGCAUGCAUUCUGGUAUCUCAAGCAUUCUAUUUCUGAGUAAUUGUUUAAGGUGUAGAAGAGAUAGAUAUGGUAGAUUUGGGGUGGAUACUUAUAUAUUUUCUAUUUCUUGGAUGAAUGAAUUUGUAUAUUAAAAGUUUUCCAUGGCAGAAAUAUU